CAAAUAGGUUACUCAUAAACUUGAUAAGAAUGGAGAGACCUGUCACAAAAUCAGCCAUGAAUCCUUCACUUAGUGUAGAGAGCCACUCUAUUCCUUUGAGCGAUGGAAACCGAAUCCCAAUCAUUGGCCUGGGGACGUACGGAGACCCCCGCAAGACUCCUAAAGGAACAGCCUACGAGUCUGUUAAGAUCGCCAUAGACGUGGGUUACAGACACUUUGAUUGUGCGCUGGUCUACUACAAUGAACAUGAGGUUGGACAAGCCAUCAGAGAGAAGAUCGCCGAUGGAACUGUGAAAAGAGAAGAUAUCUUCUACUGUGGAAAGUUAUGGGGCACGUUCCAUCCUCCUGAACUGGUCAGACACGCAUUAGAGCGAACACUAAAGGAAUCAGGAAUGGACUAUGUGGAUCUCUACAUCAUUGAGUUUCCAGUUGCAUUCAAGCCAGGUGAUGUGUUUUAUCCUAAAGAUGAGAAUGAAAAGAUUGUGUUCUACAACAAUGACCUCUGCGCCACAUGGGAGGCAUUAGAAGCCUGCAAAGAUGCAGGAUUGACAAAGUCUCUCGGUGUGUCAAACUUCAAUCGACGACAGCUUGAGCUGAUUUUGAACAAGCCCGGACUGAAGUACAAACCUGUUUCCAAUCAGGUAGAAUGCCACCCAUAUUUCAGCCAGCCCAAACUAUUGGACUUCUGUCGACAGAAUGACAUUGUGAUCGUGGGUUACAGCCCGCUUGGGACGUCCCGAGAUGCAUCCUGGGUGAAUCUUAAAUCUCCUCCGCUGUUGGAGGACACAGUGCUGGUCUCCAUCGGGGAAAAAUACAACAAAAGCCCUGCACAGGUGUCCCUGAGGUUCAACAUCCAGAGAGGAGUGGUCGUCAUUCCCAAGAGCUUCAGCCCUCAACGUAUAAGAGACAACUUCCAGAUAUUUGAUUUUUCACUUACGGAUGAUGAAAUGGACGCCAUCGAAAAGCUGAACAAAAACGUCCGCUUUGUGGAACUUCUGAUGUGGCGUGACCACCCUGAGUAUCCAUUUCAUGAUGACUACUAAUUUACACUUUCUUCAGUGUAGGCUACAUAUCGUCAUACUGUCAUUUUGAUGACCUGCUCCCCUCACAGAGCUCUGGAGCUUUUGAAAUUUGUCAUAAAAAGAAAAGUAAAGCUUGUUCACUCUAUUAUACCCUACAGUAAGUCUGAAGCAUGAAUUGGGCAUCUUAAAAAUGUGGCACUUAUGGAACAAGACACUGAAAAUAUAGCAAUCUACAAUGCAAUGGAGAAAAAAUGUCCAUCUGAUGCAUAUGUACACACACAAUUAAAAAGAUAUCACAAACAGAAUCAAAUAAUGCGUCCUGUGUGAACAGCCCCUUAAUGUGGGUUGGAAAUACUGCAAUUCCACCGAAUUGUCUCUAGAGAUCGGUGUUGUUCUCAUUUCAGAGGCAGUUCAGAAAACUGUUAAAAACUAUCAAACUUCUGUUGUUCGUAGAUCAGUGCAGCAAUCUGACUUUUAAUUGGUCAGAUAAAGAUUUUAAUAAAGUGACCUGAACUUUCCAGAUCGGCGAAUCUGUUUAGAAAACCUGUUUCAUGUCAUCUACUGUAGAUGGUCAAUAAUUUUGUGUUAACUUUUCAAAGGAUGAAUGAACAGACAUAUUAAAAGCUGACAUAGAA